CGAGGAAGACAGAGAGAGAGAAGACAGAGAGAGAGAGAGGGGUCUUCUUCCUCAGUCGACCAGAGACGAAACCGUGCUUCCACCACAACCUCUCUCCUCCGCCGUGCCGGGAAACUCAAAACCAAGUCCUAAAAUCAAAGCUCAAAUCUGACAUUUCCUUCUACUUCAAUCAGUCACUGUAGUUGAAUUUUCCGGAAUGCCAUUGUAUAAAAGAAAGCCAUUUGCUUUAUUGGAAAAGCAAGAAGAUUUAAAGCCCAAUGAGCUGGUCUUCCAAGUCAGAUUCACAAAAGAGAUCUUCAGGGAUUAUGGUGAUUAUUUGAAGCGAAUGAAUCUGUACCGGCAAAGGAUAUGGUCGUGCAAAUUGUCUGGGAAGAAUUACUUGACCUAUGAGGAGGCGCUCCUUUCAGAGAAGGAGGCUGGUGAAGAGGUGCAACUGUUCCCAAAGGAACUUCUUGCCCCGGUGCUCCGAGAUGUUCAAUUCAGUAUGCUCAGUUUAAAUGAUCUUGUCAAUGCAAUUGCUGUAAAGCUCCAUGGCCGUUUGUCAGUGGAUACCAAUCUGUAUGGGAGGAAAAACAGCUGUAUAUAUACUUGCAGGAUUGUAAGAAUUGUAGAAGAGGAUGAGAAAACUCAGUAUGAGGUUGAAUGGAUGGACAAAUAUGAUAACCUAUCUGAAUGUACAUUAGUAAAUGAAGAAGAUCUGAUAAGGAAGAAGCUGCCUUAUAGUAGAGGUGUUCUGAAGCUUUUAAUCAGAGAAUCUACAUACCGCAGCAUUCCUUGGGUCUUGCAUGAUAAGUUGGCAAAGGAGCAUGGGAUUCCUACUCACCCUCCCCCAGAAUUAGAAAGCGAAAUUUCUCUUAAGGAUGGAAUAGUUGUUGUUAAUAAGAAGAGAAAGAGAACUGAUAUGGAUGUAGAAGAGAACGAGUUGCUAGAUCCUAAGCGGAAGAAUUGUAGCCGAAAAAGUCACGAGCCCUUAAAUAAUGGGAAGAGUGUUUAUGAAGAAAAUGGAAACUUGGAGGUGAAUGCCAUUAGAUAUCCAAUUGAUGAUCUACUGGUGCAACCUUCGGAAAGUGACAAACAGUUAACUGCGCGUCCUUCUCCUUCUCGGGAUUUCAAUGCCCCAAUGCAUUGUGUUGGGGAUCUUUUGAUGGUUUGGGAUUUUUGUACAUCAUUUGGCAGGUUAUUGCAGUUGUCACCAUUUUCCCUUGAAGAUUUUGAGAAUGCUGUGUGCCAUAGUGACAGCAAUGUCAUUCUCAUCAUGGAAGCUCACUCAGCCCUUCUUCGUCUGUUGAUGAAAGACAAUGUGCGCUAUUUCUUCACUAUAAAAAAGAAAAAGAGAAAGACCAAGAUUACAUUAGUUACUUGGGCAGAGUAUUUGUGUGAUUUCUUGGAAAUGAUCGGUAUUGCCGAAUUGUCUGCUCAUAUCUCUACAAUCAGACGUGGUCACUAUGGUCUUCUAGAUGUUGACAUUAAAUUAAAAAUCUUUGGGGAACUGGUUGCUCAAGCCUUCAUGUCGGACCUUUUCAAGGAGAAACUGGAUGAGGAUAUUGAGAAGAGGCAGGCACUGUCAGCAGCAAGGAGGGAUGAAGCUUUGGAAGAAGGUAGAAAGAGGAGAGAAGAGAAAGAGCGUUCUAAGACUCAAUCUGUUGAAAAAGUAUCAAGAGACAGGCAUAUCGACUCAAUGAACUCCAACCAUAUUAGAGAGAAUGGACAUGUUUCAAAUGAAGGGAAGGAAAAGUGGGCCUCUUGUUUGAAGCAUUCAUCAGAUGACAGUGACGGGGAGGCAGAAAUGGUAAACGAGAAAGAUGCUGCUGAGAACAUUUGCAAUUCAUCAAAGAAGGUUGCUCUCAAGAAUGGAAUGAUGGAACUUAUGCAAAACAAGACUAAGGACCAAAAGCAAAGGGCAGCUCACAAGCUAAGGAAGAAUCAAAUAAAGGAAACAAUAGAAAAGAGGAGUAAGGAACAAAGGAAAGAAUAUCUUGAUCGAGAAAUAGAAAAGAGAGUUAUACGCACCAGUCCUCUGGGGAAAGAUAGAGAUCAUAAUAGAUACUGGUUUUUCAGACGUGAAGCAAAAAUAUUUGUUGAGAGUUCCGACUCCAUGGAGUGGGGCUAUUAUUCUUCAAAGGAGGAGGUUGAUGCUUUGUUGGGUUCACUCAAUAUGAAGGGUGUAAGAGAGAGGGCUCUCAAAAAACAACUGGAAAAGUUUUAUGACAAAAUAAUCUUGGAAAUUCAGAAGAGGUUGAAGGAUGCGACUCAGGAAAGUGCAACAGAAGAAUCUGUGCGUCGGAGGUCAACUCGAGUCCGUGCCCCACCGGGGGAAAAUCCUGCUCUUGCGUUCUUGAAGUAUGUUAACAAGUGGAAAGAAGAAUGACCGACUGACUUCAACUCCCCCAACAUUUAAUGGUACAUCCAAAACUAACCUUUCACACUGAUCCGGCAAAAGAAUUUCUUUGCUGUUGGUUAAAAGCCAACCAUUCUUUCAUGGCGUAACCUGUUUAUCCAGUUAGUUUUUGAUACCCCCCAUUCCUCCGCUCCAGUGUGUUUUUUAUGAUGAAUCACGCAGGGGGGUAUUCUUCAGUUUUGUACUUUUGUAGAUCAGUAGAUGAUCACCUGCGGCUUAAGAUGGUUUUUUCAGCUAUCCUGGCAUCUGUACAUAUGGGCAUUGGACCUAUGGCUAGCUUCUGGAAAAUUAAUCUUAUAUGUUCAUGUUUAUAAAGAUUAUACAUACAGAGUACAUUUACAUUCAAUUUUUAGGGAUUGAGGCAGUGUACCUAAUGCAGCAGCUUUUGGGGGUAAUUUUUUUUACAUUACAUUAUAUUA